AUGACAUUUAAUACCUGGAUUUCGGGUGAUAAUGUCGAAAAUGGAGUGGCAAAAAUUGUAAAACACAUUAAAGUGAUCAAUCCGGAUAUUGUUGCACUACAAGAAGUUCAUGAUACAGAUCGUUUGAAUCAUUUAAUAAGUCAAAUGGGUGAAGAAUGGACAGCUGCUACAACAACAUUUUCAUAUCCUGAUACUGCCAUUUUAACAAAGCAUGAACUUAUUAAUGAAUCAUUACAUCAAAUAAGUCAUGGUAUGGGUGUUAAAAUAAAAAUUGACAAUGCAAAUAGAACAAUUCAUAUAUGGAAUCUUCAUUUGGACUAUCAAUCAUAUGGUCCAUAUGCGGCAUUUAAUAAAAUGGUUACUAAGACAACACAAAUUAUGGCUGGUGAAAUGGCUGAUGGAAAAGGUCGUUUCCAGAAUAUGCGAGAAUUACUAGUCGAUGAUAAUUUUCAAGCUGCUAUUCUAAAUUCAUCCGCUGAACCGUUGAUUGUUUGCGGUGAUUUUAAUUCACCCUCACAUCUCGACUGGACUGAUGAGACAAGUUUUCUUCAUGGUAACUGGAAAUUCCAAUGGCCAACAACACAAAUAUUGGAAAAUGAAGCUGAAAUGAAAGAUUCUUUUCGAGAGCUACAUCCACAUGUUCUUGAAAAUCCAGGAAUAACGUGGUCCACGGUGGAAAAAAUGAGUAGUAGUGGUUGGAGCUGGACGAUACCGGAACCACAGGACCGAAUUGAUUAUAUCUAUUACCGUAGUGCUAUGCUCUCUCCUAUACAGUCAUACACAUAUCAGGGUCAAGCAAUUGUCAAUCCCAAACCAUUCCACUGGAAAAAUGAUUACCCAUCUGAUCAUUUUGCUGUUAUCACCACUUUCCGUUUAAUCUAA